UUGAGAAAUGCCAAAUUCUCUCCUAACAUUUUUGUAGAUGCCAUUGUUAAUAAGACGAGAGAAAAGACUUCUAAAUUGUAUACAUACAAAUACAGCUUAGCCAGAGAAUUAUUGCAACUGAGUGAAAAAAAACAAACCAAAAUGGUUACACAAAGCAUUCCAACUGUGGAUCUCUCUCCCUUCUGCCAUGAAAAUGGCAGCAACGAGGCUGUGAAGAAGAGAGCCAUAGAGGAAGUUGGCAGAGCCUGCUCUGAAUAUGGCUUUUUCCAAGUUGUGAACCAUGGUGUGCCCUUAGGUCUGUUGGCUCGUGCCCUUGAACUGUCCCAGUUAUUUUUCGAUUACCCAUUGGAAGAGAAGCUCAAAGCCAGUCCCAUUCCAGGAGCACCACUUUCUUUGGGAUAUACCAAGCAGAUUGAGCACUUGACUGAUAAUAACGAGUACAUACUCAUGUUCACACCUGAGUCAAGCUUCAAUGUCUAUCCUGAAAAUCCCCCUGAAUACCGGUAUUUUUUACUACUUACAAGUGAUUUUUUUUAGGAAAAUGAUUCACACCUAAGUCAAGCUUCAAUGUCUACCCUGAAAAUGCCCCUGAAUACCGGUAUUUUUUACUACUUACAAGUGAUUUUUUUUAGGAAAAUGAUUUUCCUCCCGAAUUUUUCUCC